CUGCAGACAACAGAAAAACCAAAGUUCACAGGAGUCAGCGAACAAUCAAAAUGUUUGCCAUAAAGAAUGUUAUCCUGACAAGUCUUCGAUUAUCAAAUUAUUCAAAAACAACUAACAAUUUAACCGUGUUGUUUAAUAACAAAUGCCUUUCUUCAAUUUUGCCAAAUUUGUUUUCAACGUCAGUGCCGAAUUCAUUAUUUCGGCAACUUCCUUCUAUUAGCACCAACACGAGUAUUUUAUCGUCUGUUUCAUCAUUGGUUCCUUCUCUGUUUUCGCAAAAAGCUUUGCCUUGCUUACAGCAAACCAGAUCAGUCACUAAAUGGUCAUUGAACAAAGGAAAACGUAAGACAGUGAAAGCUGUUGUUGCUAGAUUCUAUCGUUUGGGCUGGGGUGCUUGGAUAAGACCAAUGGUUGGUCGCAACAAACGCCAUUGGAGUAAGACAGCAAAAAGGAAAAUUCGAUCUGAAAAGCACGUGUUUUGCAAUUCCACUCAGUCAACACUUCUCGACAAAAUGGUAACCAAAUACUGGAGAAAAAGAAGGUUUUAUAUAGAUGAUGUGUAUGAACCUUACCACCAGCGAGAAGAAUAUAGUUCAAGUGCUGUAAAACCACAUUGAAAUACAUGAUCAAAGCUAGUUGCAAUACAUCCAGAUAAUGCCAAGAAAAAUUUA